GUCUCUCUCGCUCGCUCUCUUCUCUCUCGUCGCCGCACCCCACCCCCCGCGACGGAUCCGUUCGCUCUGGCUCCCGCGACCGAAGGGCGAUUUUAGGGUUUCCGCGCGGCAGUUGUGGCCGGCCCGUCGACGCCGCCGCCGGACCGGCGCCCGACCCCUCGACUGUUGGAAAUAUGCUGAUAAGUAAGAGGGGUAUCACAAGAAGCACGAAGAGGAAUGAAAGAACUGAUGAUCUCACAAGAAGCCCGAAGAAGAACAAAAGAAUUUGCAAAAGAGGAGAGACAACUGAGUUAUUGAUUUCAGGCGACUUGCAUCAGGACUCUAAUCAAGGUGUCUGGAGUGAGCUGAGUGAAGAAGUUGCAUCAAAGUUGGCUAAAAGUGUUGUCUCACUUGCUCUGUCCAAUGGACACAAGGUGUUAUUUGCAUGCUCGGGCAUAGCUGUACAACGUGUGGAACAUGUUACAAUGUUUCUGACUUCAGCAAGCUUGUUUAAAGCUUUAAAUGAUAAAAGAAAAGACCAUGAUAACUUGGAGGUUCAUGUGCGCCACGAAGACAAUGUUGUCACAGGGUUUUUGGGUGAAUAUGAUUUAGAUCACAACAUUGCUGCUGUCAGUGUUGUGAACUUCCCUGAUCUUCACGACGUAGCUUUAUAUAAGGGGUAUAAGGGGGUGAAAUUUCCGCCCCAUAGUAAGGUAGUAGCUGUAGGCCAUGAUAUCUCUGGCAAAUUAAUGGCCACAAGUGGGGUUCUGAAUGGCGAUUCUAGCGGAUCUGAUGAGAAGCUUACGUUGUCCACUUGUAAAAUCUCUAAGGAUUGCGAUGGCGGGCCACUUUUUGAUUUUGAUGGGAACUUUGUUGGCAUGAACCUUUUUUUGGGUACGGAAAGGACCUUUUUCCUGCAUACAUUUAGAAUUCUUCUAUGGUUGAGGCGUUGUACAUCCCUUCGAGAGAUUCAACUUCCUGCACAGUUAAAUUGUUUUAAGGCAGUCAGGGUUGGAGAAAGACUCACAGGUGAGAUACCUAACUCUGAUGAAGUACAUAGAGAUGUUCUCAACAAGGAUCAAUUUGGGGAUCUAGAAUCCUUGGGCUAUCCCAAGCCUCCAGAAUCUAUGUCAAAUGAUGGCAUGAUUUUGGUUAAUACUUUUGAAGAACCUUUCGGCGACGUAUGUGGCAAAGGUGUCUGGAGUGAACUAAGUGAAACAGCUUCCUCUAACAUACAAGAAAAUAUUGUUGCUCUUGCUUCAUUCAAUGGAGAAAAAAGGUUUUCUGCAUGCACUGGUUUUUUCAUUGAAUGGAAUGGAUGUACGACUAUUCUGACUUCAGCGAACUUGAUUAUAAAUCCUGGUUAUGAAAACAAGAUUGUUGAAAACUUGAGGAUUGAAGUGUUGUGUCCAAACAAACAGCGCGCAGAAGGGACAUUACAACAUUAUAAUUUACAUUACAAUGUUGCUCUAGUCAGUAUCAAGGAUUUCUGUGCUCGCCAACCAGUAAUUAUUCAACAUCGGUGGUGUGGCUCUUGUGAAUUACUAGCUGUAGGGUGUUGCUUCAAGUCCGGCAGAUUAAUGGCUGCAAGAGGGCGACAGUUUCCCGGGCCGAACACACUUGAUUGCAAAUAUCUUGGAUACUCUACAUGUCGAAUCACUAAGGCUGGCAUUGGAGGGCCCCUUCUUGAUUUUGACGGGAAAUUUGUUGGCAUGAACUUCUACGAUGACGAGGAAGUAGGAACCCCGUACCUAUCAUGGAGGGAGAUUCUCGCCAUCCUGGAUUAUUUUAAGACAAAAGGGACUGUUUCUGAAGUUGGCCAUGAUGGUAAGCCAUCUCGUGUGCUUGACUGGACUUUGGUUGGAGAUCGCAGUGUUUGCCCUAAUAGAUGGCCUGUGCCCAUACCAUAUUGGUGCCAUCCUGACGAUCUGGUUAAGCAUAAAUCUGAAAUUCGAUCCAGAAGGUGCCACGCCAUAUAUACAUGAAUGGAGUGAGAUAACUGUACACGGAGAAGCCAUCAUGCCCUUAUGUACUCUUUUGAAUUGCUAUCUCCAUAUCUUAUUAGCUGAUGAACCUGUUUGAGUUGACUUGUAACAUCAAGAAGUAACCUGUUGCCACGUGUUUGUGAAAACAAAAAAUAGGCCGAGGACAAAGAUAUGCGCGGAACAUGUAUUUCAUUAAUUCCUUUUUAAUAUACAAAGUACAUGACUCUGCAAGAGUUUACCUA